CUUGACAGCAGCUGUCACUGUACGCCGUGCCGAGGUCAAGGGGAAAAAAGCAUGGCUGCGCUGUUUAGAGGAUCGCGAAAUUUAUUAAGGUGGAAAAAGCAUGUCGACCUUGCUCUCGUGUCAACGCGAUCAAUGGCCUCAAAAACACCAGUGGGGUUUGUCGGUCUGGGAAACAUGGGCACACCCAUGGCCAAAAACCUGUUAAAAAACGGUUAUCCUGUUAUUGCCACUGAUGUCUUCCCUGAGUCCUGCAAGGAGCUGCAAGACAUCGGUGCACAGGUUGUAGACUCUCCAGCAGAGGUGGCUGAGAAAGCAGACCGCAUCCUCACAAUGCUACCCUCCAGUCCCAACGUCAUCGAAGUCUACACAGGCCCAAAUGGCAUCCUUAAGAAAGUGAAGAAGGGAACACUUUUGAUUGACUCCUCCACUAUCGACCCCGCUGUCUCAAGAGAGAUGGCAGUCGCUGCAGAGAAGAUGGGUGCCGUGUUCAUGGAUGCUCCAGUGUCAGGAGGUGUCGGGGCUGCCAGCAUGGCCAAACUGACCUUCAUGGUGGGUGGAGUGGAGGAGGAAUACUAUGCAGCACAGGAGCUUUUCACCUGCAUGGGAGCCAAUGUUGUCUACUGUGGACAGGUUGGCAGUGGACAGGCAGCCAAGAUCUGCAACAACAUGCUCCUGGCCAUUGGGAUGAUUGGGACCGCAGAGACCAUGAACCUCGGCAUUAGACUGGGUUUGGACCCCAAGCUGCUGGCAAAAAUCCUCAACAUGUCCUCAGGUCGUUGCUGGUCCAGCGACACAUAUAAUCCAGUCCCCGGCGUCAUGGAGGGAGUCCCCUCUGCUAACAACUACCAGGGCGGCUUUGGAACCACACUUAUGGCUAAGGAUCUUGGUUUGGCUCAAAAUACUGCCACCAACACUAAGACACCCAUCCCUCUGGGUUCCCUCGCCCACCAGAUCUUCCGAGUCAUGUGCUCCCGCGGCUACGCUAACAAGGACUUCUCAUCCGUCUUCCAAUAUCUGCGCGAGGAGGAAGGACAGUGAAUGGAAGCGGAAGCACAGCUGACUGUGAUGUUACCAUACAUAAACACACACAGACACACACACACACAUGCACACACACUACAGCCACACACCCCAGUGCCCCUUAUCCCACUAUGCUCAGGAGAGACUAAGGCAUUGCCCUCAGGCUCAGAUCUGCGGUCCAAUUAACAUACUGUGUGUCGGCACAUGUCCCUUUGUCGCAUUAUCUGAAUCAUAUUUUCAAUUCACGGCUCUACCUCUGCAUGGGGGAAAUGCUAAAGCUGACCUUAGAUCACGAUCUAGAGGCAAAGCAACUCUCUUCAGUCUGGGCUGAGAGGCCUGAGCGGAAAACAAGAGGUAGGAUGAGGCACUGCUGGUUUAUGUAUACCAAUGCAAAUAAUAUGUGGUUUUCGGGAUGACUGAUAAGUAAUAAAUGCAUGGUUGUUAAAAGUUUAAGUACGCUUUUGUCGGGUUAUGCAAGGUCCGCGAGGAUUCACACAGUGACAGAAAUUUCAUUGAAGAGACAGCGCAAGAGAGUGCAGAGCUUGGGUUACUCUUUUUUUCUACCAGAGUAAAACAUCCCAUACUCAUAGUCUUACAUCAAAGGCAACAAAAACUAGCCACACAAUUCGCAGUUCAUUUGUUUUGUUACAUGUUUUUGGCAGAAAGGCAGUGUUAUUUAAUCAGCUACUAGUUACCUCGGUCAUCCUGCCAGAACACUUUCAUUUGUUAAAAUCUUUUUUUUUCAGUCAUCCAAUUAAACUUUUUACCUCUUGGAUACACUAGACUGACAGUAAUUUCAUGUUUUAACAACAUUGACAUCAGUACUCACUGGACCGGACUACUUCUUCUUGUUUAAAUAUUGUGACAUACUGUAUAUCUGGUUAUUUUUGUACUGUGUGCAUCGCAGUGCGAUGUGCCGGCCCAUUUUGAUACAGUUACAGAACCUCUUUGAACUUACCUCGAUUCUCUACUGUCUACAUCUGCUUAUCGAGCCAACAGAGUAUUAUUUUGUGACCAAUGCUGUUUGACUUUUAUAGUUUUCACAACAAAAUGUUCACUGUCUAGCACUUUCUCUCGCCCGUUUCGAAUUUAAUUUAAAGUCUGUCCUCUCAUAUUUCUCCUCUAUCUCUGUCUGUCUUUCAGCUUGUGUACGACAUCUGUGUCAAGUGUGAGCAAGGAACUGUUCCUCCCUGCUCUGAGCAAAUGUACAUAAUGUAUAUUUCAUAUUGUUGUGUAGUAUUGAAGAGGCGUCUAAAUGGACUGUAAUUUUUUGUAGUAAAAUUCAUUAAUAGUGUCUACAGUUUGUCUGUGAAACAGAUCUUCAGUCACACUGUAGCCUAAAAUAAAAG